UUGUCUGAGAAUCUGUAAAAGGUAAAGCUAAUGAACACGACUAAAAUUAAGAGGGUGACUCUUUGAAUCCUUUUAUAUAUACGGUCAUGAUGGUGAUCAAAAGGAAAGCAAAGAGGUCAAGAGCAAAGAGAGAGGGGGGAUGGCGCCGGUGGGUCUUCCUCCAGGUUUUAGGUUCCAUCCGACCGAUGAGGAGCUCGUCAAUUACUAUCUCAAGAGGAAGAUCCACGGCCUCAAGAUUGAGCUCGACAUCAUUCCUGAAGUCGACCUCUACAAAUGUGAACCAUGGGAAUUAUCAGAUAAGUCGUUCUUGCCAAGUAGGGAUCCAGAGUGGUAUUUUUUUGGACCACGAGACCGGAAAUAUCCUAACGGGUUCAGAACUAAUAGGGCAACUCGAGCAGGAUAUUGGAAAUCGACGGGAAAAGAUCGAAGGGUUUGUUCUCAGAACCGAGCUAUCGGAAUGAAGAAGACUUUAGUCUACUACAGAGGCCGAGCACCUCAAGGAAUCAGGACUGACUGGGUUAUGCAUGAGUACCGUCUGGAUGACAAGGAAUGUGAAGACACAAUGGGAAUGCAGGACUCAUAUGCACUUUGUAGAGUUUUUAAGAAAAAUGUGGUGUGCGCAGAAGUGGAGGACCAAGGACAAUGCAGUAGCAUAGUACUGAUCGAGAGCCCUCAAACAAUCGUCAGCGAUCAGUAUGAGACCAUGUCGCCAGAGGUACCCAUAGGAUCAUCACCAUGCAUCGAUGAGGAUGACAAGGAUGAUGCAUGGAUGCAGUUCAUCACCGAAGAUGCAUGGUGCUCUAAUAAUGAGGGUGGUGUCGAUGAUGAAAGUAUUCCUCAUCCUUCUCCUUGUGUGGCUUUUGCUAAUUGAGAGGUUUUUCUUGGUUUUCUUCUUCCCUUUGGCUUGAAUGAUAUUGGGUGGUGCAUGAUUAAUAACAUGAUUUGGGUAAUA